GAGAGAGAGAGAGAGAGAGAAAAAAAAAGCGCCAUGACUCGCUUGAUGCGCUAUUUAGCGGCAGGUGUUGCGCUUGUGUGUCUUUUCGGAGCGUCUGAAUGUAAAAAGGCUUUUAAAUGUCCUUCAGGAUGCACCUGCUCCAAGGAGACCAUCGUCUGCGUCGGGACCUCUCAGAUCCCCCGGACUGUACCGACCGAGAUCAACUCACUGAGCRUUGUAAACGGAUCCAUCACAGAAAUCACAGAGGGGAUGUUUUCACUGAUGCCUUCUCUUCAGCUACUGCUUCUAAAUGCCAACUCUCUGACCACCAUCAAAGACGACACUUUCUCUGGUCUGUCUCAUCUCGAGUAUUUAGAUCUGCGAGGGAACUUGUUCCAGUGCAGCUGUGAGAACAAAUGGCUGAUGACGUGGCUGAAAAAUACAAACGCCACAGUGUCAGAUGUCUUUUGCGCCGGCCCCAUUGAUAUGAAGGGCAAGCGGCUCAAUGACCUUCCCAUUCCGCCGGGCGAAUGCAUUUCCACAGACUUUGUGCGUCAUCAGUCCAUUCCUAUUCAGUCCAUGUCGGCUGACAUCUUCUCCUUUAAAGAUGACAUCUUUGUGGCCAUGGCUGCCCCAAACUCCAACAGCUGUGUGAUCAUGGAGUGGGAUCACAUUGAAAUGAAUUUCAGAAAGUUCGACAAUAUUAUAGGAAAAUCUGUCGUUGGAUGCAAGUCCUUUCUGAUUGAAAACCACGUGUUGAUGAUCGUCACCCAGCUCUUUGGCGGCUCCCACAUCUUCAAGUUUGAUGCUAAACAAAACAAAUUCACCAAGUUUCAAACCAUCGAGGUCUUCAACAUCUCAAAGCCAAACGACAUGGAGGUUUUCCAAWUGGAUGGUGAUUGGUAUUUUUUGAUUGUGGACAGUUCAAAGGCGGGCCUUUCCACUCUCUACAAGUGGACUGACCAACCCGACCACAAUGAGACUGGUUUCUACACCUACCAGUUUCUCCACGAAUGGUUCCGCGAUACAGAUGCAGAGUUUGUUGAGGUGGACGGGAAGUUCCAUGUGAUCUUAGCCAGCCGCUCUCAGCCACCAGUCGUCUACCUGUGGAACAAAAGCACCCUGAAGUUCGUACUCCACAGCGAAAUCCCGAUCAUCGACGACGUGGUGUCCGUCAAAGCUUUCCGAGUCGAAGGAGGCUUGUACCUAGCUCUGGCUUGCUACAUCGGUGACUCCAAAGUCGUCAAGUGGGCCAACAAGCAGUUCACAGAGGUGCAGCCUCUGCCCUCUCGGGGAGCCAUGAUCCUACAGCCGUUCACCUUCUCGGACAGAUACUACCUCGCUCUUGGCAGCGAUUACUCCUUCACGCAGAUCCACMUCUGGGAUGCCGAGACCAAGACGUUUCACAAAUUUAAGGAUGUUUACGUGCAGUCGCCGCGCUCAUUCACCGUGGUGACCACCGACCGGAGGAGUUUCAUCUUCUCCUCCAGCCUUAAGGGAAAAUCAAUAGUCUUUGAGCAURUAUUUGUGGAUCUAAGCUUGUGAAUCAAAAAUUAAAUGUURAUUACUCUGAUUAAGCCUGUAUGCUAUAAUCUCACAUGCUGUAUAAUCAAUACUUAUGCAAUCAAAUUCAUACUUUUUGUGGACUAAUAUAAAAACACUAAUUACCAUAAAGAAGUAGUCAAGUCAUUUUUGAAGUAAUGUACUUUCAAACAAAGAUUGUUCAUUCUGGAGACUAUACCAGCCCAUAUAGUUAGUCAUAUCUUUUAAAUGUUCUAGAAAUGGAAAACUCAUCAUGCAGUCUAUGAGUGGUCUUGAAAGGCUUUCCAGCCCAGUGAUAUUUAGAGAUUAUCCUAAAUUUCAGGUAUUCCUGUCAAGUGGAAUUCAUUAYGAUAAAAAAAGAAACUGAGAAUUAUCAAGUAAACUUUAAAGCUUUCUGAUCCCACUAACUCCAUUGAUUAUUACCGAGUGCAAACCAUUUUCUUCUCCAUCAUAACCAAAAUGAAUGUUGUAGAAAAAUAGUUUGCUUACGCUAAAGUGUGCUGUAAUCCGAUCAAGCUAAUACGCUGUUGAGUGCCUGAUUAACAACAAAAGGAAAAGUAGAUGUUUAUUACUAUGCAAAGUUUAUAGCACUUGCUGUUUGUAUGGAGCAACAAUAAUCCAUUGUGUGCAUUUAUUUUAUUUUCAAAUGUUGAUUUCAAGAAGAUGUGAGAAACAUUUCCUUACUGGUCUCUUACAGAUUUGUUUACAGUAUAGAAACUGGUAUUUUUUUUCUCAAAAAUAUCAAAGCUGUAAUUUGAAAGAUGGACCUUGGUUUUUCUAGACCAAGUACACGUUAUAUGUUUUUGUAAUAUUGUCACAUUUCUUGGCAGAAGAAAUCCUUUUAUCUUCAUCCAGCAGUUCUUGGGUUUAAUGAUGAUGUAUGUUUCCCCAGUUUACAGCAUAAAGUGAAUUUUACCAAAUCUACAACUGCAGUUCAUUGUAGGUUUGUGAAAAUGCWUACUGUAUUAAAAAUCAUUUGACCAUACUUAA